AAAAAAAAACGAGCCCAGAAAGCGGAGGAAAAAAAAAACACGAGGGUGCGAGGCGAUGGGCGGGGGAUAGAAAUGCGAGCAGCGGAGAGACGAAGAGAGAGGUAAGCGAGCGCCGCGCCCGGACCAGCCCUAACCCUAGCUCCUCUCCUCCCGCGCCGCCGCCCGCCGGACGGCCGCCCCGCCCUCGUCGCCGGAACCGUACGGCGGCCCGGGCCUACCCUGCCUUGUCCCGCCUCGCCCCGGGGGGCGGACGCGCGCGCCUCGGUCGGUGUGGCUGACUUGGCUCGUUUGAUCCGGUGGCCAGCCAGCGAUGGCUAUUGUCAACCCUAACCCUGUUAUGUUCGAUGACGACGACGAUGAGGCUCCGAUUUCCUUCAAGAGGUCAAGUACUUCCGUGAAGCCCACCCCCUCGAAGCAGGAGGGAUCAUCAGGAAAUGCCAGGCCUGUUAGGAGCCCGAAACCUGUGGCUUCAAAUCCACAGAAGAAUGGGGUGAUGACUAUUUCGAGGCCGCUACAACUGAAGCCACAGUCCUCCAGCCCAAAUAAUCGGCCUUGGGGAUCUGGUCAGCCAAACAGUUCAGCUGAACAUAGUUCAAAAAGCAAUAACAUUGAUAAGAGUAAACUGAAAAGACCUUAUGUGAGAGAAGAGCAACCCGAUGAUUCAGAUGACGACAAGCCUAUUGGAUUAAGGAGAAAGGUUGAGGAGAAGAAAUUGAAUAGAGUUGAUAUGGGGGGUGAGAAGGCAGAUGACUCAGAUGAAGAUCAUAAGCCAUUGAGUCUGAAGAUCAAAUCGUCCAAAAUGCCUUCCAAUAGCACGAGUAAGGCUGUUUUGCAGAAAACUGCACCAAAAAUUGAGCAGCCUGAGGACGAUUCAGAUGAUGACAAACCAUUGGCAAGCAGGUUGUCCACUAACGCUGCUCCUAAAAGUGGAGGUAAUGUCUCUGAUGAUUCAGAGGACGAGAAGCCAUUGGCUGCCCGAUUUUUGAAAGUAACUGGCAGUGUAAAUCUAAAAUCAUGUUCUUCCAACAAGGGGUUAAACAAUGAUAGAAAUGGCCCACAGAAUUUGGGUAAAAGGCCUCUAGAUAAUAAUAAUCAAACGGGUUCAUCUCUCAAGAAGGCAAAGCCUUCAAAUCUUGCAACUUCUGCAAGUGUCAAAAGAGAAUCCAAGGCAGAUGACAAUGACAACACACCUCUUGCACAAAGGCUGAAAAUGGGCGAGUCUUCAAAAGGCAAGUCAUCUGCAAAGAAUGUCAACAAGAAGAGUCCUGCAUCGUUGAAGAAGGACAGCAAGAGAAUGAAAACGAAAAUGAAAACAAAGAAGAUGAUGAAAAAUUCUCAGUUCUCAAAGACAAUGAGGGUACCUCCUGGAUCUGGUGGUGGACAGAAAUGGACUACCUUGGAGCACAAUGGUGUUAUUUUCCCUCCUCCAUACAAGUCUCAUGGCGUCAAAAUGCUUUACAAUGGGCAACCUGUUGAUCUGACGCCAGAACAAGAGGAGGUUGCAACAAUGUUUGCUGUGAUGAAAGACACAGAGUACGCGACCAAGAAGACAUUCAUCGAGAACUUUUUCAACGACUGGAGAAAAAUUCUUGGUAAAAACCAUAUUAUCAAGAAAUUCGAGCUUUGUGAUUUCACCCCGAUAUAUGAAUGGCACCUCAGGGAGAAGGAGAAGAAGAAGCAGAUGACAUCAGAGGAGAAAAAAGCAUUGCGGGAAGAUAAAUUGAAACAAGAGGAGAAGUACAUGUGGGCUGUUGUAGAUGGUCUUAAAGAGAAGGUUGGCAAUUUCAGAGUAGAACCACCUGGCUUGUUCAGGGGACGUGGAGAACAUCCAAAGAUGGGAAAACUGAAGCGACGCAUUCAACCAAGCGAUAUUACAAUAAAUAUCGGAAAAGGGGUUCCAGUCCCCGAAUGUCCAAUACCUGGAGAAAGCUGGAAAGAAGUCAAACAUGACAAUACUGUUACAUGGUUGGCCUUUUGGAAUGAUCCAAUUAGCCAAAAAGAUUUCAAGUAUGUUUUCCUGGCAGCAAGCAGUGCACUGAAGGGGCAAAGUGACAAAGAGAAAUAUGAGAAAUCCAGAAAAUUGAAGGGUCACAUACAAAAAAUUCGUGACAAUUACACAAAGGAUUUCAAAAGCAAAGAUCCGACAAGGAAGCAAAUUGCUGUGGCAACAUACCUUAUAGAUAAACUAGCCCUUAGGGCAGGCAAUGAAAAGGAUGAUGAUGAAGCUGACACUGUUGGUUGCUGUACGCUGAAAGUUGAUAAUGUUACUUGUAUGCCCCCAAAUAAGCUUCAGUUUGACUUUCUUGGUAAAGAUUCUAUAAGAUACUUCAACACUGUAGAGGUUGAACAGCUCGUGUACAAGGCAAUUGAGGAUUUCCGUGCUGGGAAAAAAGCGGGAGAACCUCUCUUUGACAAGCUCGAUACAACUAGGCUAAAUGCUCACCUAAAGGACCUAAUGCCUGGGCUUACUGCAAAAGUGUUCCGUACAUAUAAUGCUUCCAUCACCUUGGAUGAUAUUUUGCACAAAGAAACAGAAGAUGGAACUCUUCUUGAAAAAAUUGCUGUCUAUCAACGAGCAAACAAAGAGGUUGCCAUAAUCUGUAACCAUCAGCGUGCUGUCUCAAAAUCACAUGAUUCUCAGAUGACCAGAAUGAAUGAAAAGAUUGAUGAAUUGAAGGCCCAGAGGGAUGAGUUGAAAGUAGACUUGAGCAAAGCAAAGAAAGGAAGGCCUCUGGGUAAUGAUAAAGAUGGGAAGGCAAAGAGGAAUUUGGCGCCUGAAGGGAUUGAAAAGAAGAUCACAACACUUGAAUCCAAGAUAGAGAAGAUGGAGAUGGAUAAGAAGAUAAAAGAGGAUUUGAAGACAGUAGCACUUGGAACAUCAAAGAUCAACUACCUUGAUCCUAGAAUUACCGUGGCAUGGUGCAAACGCCAUGAAGUCCCUAUUGAGAAGAUUUUCAACAAAUCACUUAUCGCGAAAUUCGGAUGGGCAAUGGACGUCGACCCGGAAUUCAGAUUCUAGGAGCACUGGUUGCCUUGCCCAGUCAGUUUGAUCCAGCUUAAAGCCCAUCUCCCGGACACUAAUUGCAGCUAGGAAAGGAAGAGCUCGGUGUUUGUUUUUUAAAAGCCUCCCUGCUCCUGGAACGAAGGAAGCACCCGGCAUUCUCAUUGUAGGCCCUUUUGUUUCUUCUUGGUGUACUUUUUUUUUUU